AUGGAUUCAAUGAGUCGCAACGAGGCACACAGCAGCAGCCACCACCAGAGCAAGGUGGUCUUAAUGAAUCAAGCAACUGAUAGCAAUAACGAAGGAGCUAAUAAUCCAACUAGUAGUGGUAGCGGCAGCGGUAAUAGCAGCAGCAGCAGCAGCAGCAGCGGCGCCAACAGCCACAGCAACAGCACUCGGGGCAGCAGCAGCAGCAGCAGCACUAGUAGCAACAACGGCAGUAGAAACAACAUUAUUAGUAUUAGCGGUAGUAAGAGCAAUAGCAGAAGCGACUGCACUCCUUGUGGCAGUGAUUCAUUUAGCGGUAAAACUAAUCACCCACUGCAUAGUAUCCAUCAGCAUCCUCUCCAGCAGCACCCAUUGCCAACGACGCUCGAAGCAUCACCGGCCAAUUCCGAACGGGGCAGCUACGGUUCGAUAGCAGGUGGAGGUGGUGGGGUGGUGCCGCCUGUCGGUUCCGCACCGGCAACGACGCCCUCAACGGCGGACAUAAAGGAUUCUAAUUUUGACGACGACAACGAGUGGGACGUGGGCAUCGGUGAUUUAAUCAUUGAUUUGGACGCUGACAUUGAGAAAACUGGUGCAAAUCAGCAACAGCCUCAGCAACAGCAACAGCAGUCGCAACAACAACAGCAGCAGCGACAGCAGCAAGCUGCUAGUUGUUUAGCUUCUGGUGGUGGUGGCGUGCUUCAGUUUCUAGCAACCGGAACUAGCGAUAGUGGUGAUCAAACAUCCGCCAUUUCAACGCCGGUGGUUCCGCACAGCAAUCAAGCUCGCAGUGUGGGCACUUCUGCAAAAAGCGCUAAAGUCUCUCCUCCCGCAUCGAGCGAUCUUCCUCAAGCGAGAGACAAAUCAACAGGAGGACCAGCGGCAGCUGCCGGUAGUAGCUCAAAAGGGCACUACCAUCAUCACCAUCACCACCAUCACCAUCAUCAUCAUCACCAUCAUCGUCACAAGCAGCAGCAGCAGCAGCAACAGGCUGGUAGCGGUGGUAAUAGCAACACUGGUACAAGCUCUGGCGAAAAGGGUGGCGAAGUGCAACCAUCAAGGACUCGCACAUCAAGCAGUAGCUCUGGGUUCGGAUUAGCGACGACAGGAUAUUCGACAGGUACUACGAGCGCAAUAGCUGGACAGGGAACGAGACCUAAUACGGGUAGCGAUCACGUCGACAGUGGCGGUUCUGGAUCACGUGAAGAGCCUCACAAUAUUGCCAGUAGCGGCAGUACGCACGGUGGCAGCCGUAGCAAGUCGAGCGGAACCGGAAGCACGGCCGGGCUCUCAGGGAGUGGAAACAGCAACAGCAACAGCAGUACCGGCAGUACCAGCAGUAGCAGUAGUACCACCACCAUGUCUUCGACUACCAGCAGCUCUGGUGGUAAGUCGGCGACCAAACUGUCCGUUGACCACCAAGCAACGCUCGAUAAGGGGCUGAAGAUGAAAAUUAAGCGCACUAAACCGGGCACGAAAACUUCCGAAGCAAAGCAUGAGAUAGUCAAGUCGGACCAAAACGGUACCACACCAACGACGGCCACAUUAAGCGCCGGUGGUGGAAAUAGCGGUGCAGCAGGCAUGGGAUCGGUCACGGCCCUUACAAGCACGACCGGUGUGACGGGAAUGACCACUGCGUCAUUGGCGGGAAGCGGUCCUGGAUCGAUGGUGGCCGGUGUUGCCGGAGCUGUUGGGGGUGGCGUAACAAACGCCGUAAAUGCCGGUAGCGGCAGUUCCUCGGGGGCACAUCUUACGACUGAUUCCGAUAGUACGGGUAUGGCUGGAGCCGGUUCGAUUGGUGGUGUGGGUGGAACAAUUGGUGGUGGCGUGGUUGGAGGCGUUUUGAGCUCUGUGGGCAAUUCUUCGUCAGGUGGGAUGGGUGGAGGAGGCUCAAGUAUGUCGGGAAGCACAGGUGUAAACCGUGCUAGCACAGCCGCCAAUAGCAAUACUCCAAAUGGAAGCGGUAGUGGCAAUGCUGCGGGUAUGAAUAGCAACAGUGGAACCGGUGGCAACGAUGGUGGCAGCGGGAAUAGCACCAACCUGACCAACAGUGGAUCAGUUCAGGUUGGUGGCAGCACUGGUGGCAAAAAGCAUUCAUCACAAUCGGCGAAUAGCGGUGCCAAUAGUAAUAGUAGCAGCGGUGGUAAUGCCAGCGCUCAGCAACAAAUCCUAACAUCGCAGCAGCAACAGCAACAACAAUCGCAACAGCACCAGCAUCAACAGCAACCUAACCAGAGCUCGAAUAAACGUGGCAGCAGCAGUCACCGAAGAGACAAGGGAAAGGACAAAACCACACACCAUAAUCAGCGUGAUAAGAAUGAGCAGAUGCAGCAACAGCAUCCUGGCGGAGCGGGCGGAACGGUUGGUGGUGGUGGGCCAGCGGAUAUUAGCGCUGGUUUAGGAGGGCUGGGAAGCAAUCGCUCCUCGAAUGGCAGCUGCAGUUGUGUUGUCAAUCACGAUUUGCAGGUCAAUGGUUUACACCAGCAGCAGCAACCAUGUUCGAGUUUAUCCUGCAUCUAUGCCAAGGCCGGUAGUAAUGGGGGAGAUCAUGGGAGUGGUAGCAGCGCUGGUGGAGGGAGUAUAGCGCUUGGAUCAUCACAUCGACUCGGAGCAGGAGGAAUUCUGCAAGGAAGCCUAAGUCUUGGUGCGGGAUCGACUACCGGCAUCGGAAGCAAUAACAACACCCCAAACGCUCCAGGUCCACCAGUGUUGGGGAAGGAUAUUAAUAAGCUAUUGAACACAAACGUUCCUGGUGUGGGCGCACAUGCCUCGGUGGGAGCUAAUACCAGUACAAGCAACAGCAUGGGCAACGUGGGUGCCGGCGGUAUCGGUAAUAUCAACAGCAUGCAUCCCGGCGGUGCCAGCGGUGCAUUAAAGGCUCAACUUCAGACAUCUUCCAUUGUCACAAAUGCGGGUGAAAUGACCAACUCCAGUUCAUCCAAUAUAAUGGGCGUUGGUAUGUUCUCCAGUGGAGCUGUAUGCUUGCCGAAUCUUUCGUCUGCUCUAUGCGCUCAUGACGACAAAAGUGGCUCAAGCCCACCACCCGCCAAGCGCCACAAAACCGAACGAAAGGAAAUGGUGGACGUGUGCGUUGGAACGUCGGUGGGUACCAUCACGGAACCGGAUUGCUUGGGCCCGUGCGAACCGGGUACUUCGGUCACAUUGGAAGGCAUCGUUUGGCACGAAACGGAGGGUGGUGUUUUGGUGGUUAACGUUACUUGGCGAGGUAAAACCUACGUGGGAACGCUUAUAGACUGCACCAAACACGAUUGGGCACCGCCGAGGUUUUGUGAUUCCCCAACCGAGGAACUGGACUCACGGACACCGAAAGGUCGCGGCAAACGAGGCCGAAGCUCGACGCUUUUACCAUCAAACGAUUUAAGCAAUUUCACGGAAACACGAAGCUCGAUGCAUAGUAAAUUAAGAAACGGUGGAUCGAAAGGUCGAGGUGGCCGUGGAGGUAUCAUCGAGGCGAACGCGGGUGGCAGUGGCAGCGGUGUCGCAAAACUUCCUACACUUGCUGCCAGCGUAAACGCCCUUGUCGCAACAAACAAUGGUGGGUCAGUUGGUGGCGCGGGCAACACACCAUCAACGUCUCCGGUAGCAUUUCUUCCGCCGCGGGCCGAGAAGCGCAAAUCAAAGGACGAAUCCCCUUCGCCACUGGGAGCUGGCAGUGGCGGUAGUGGCGGAUCAGCUGGAGUUGGUGGUAAUACCAGUGGUGGUCAGAAUGCCAUCAGCAAUAAUGUGAUAAAUUCUGCAUCUGUAAAUACGGGAAGCAACACCUCCGGCAAUGGCGGAGGCAGUUUUAAUAAUGGAGCUGCCAACACUGAUGGCAGUGGACAGGCUUCAAAUCCUUCUUCGCUCGUCAACCUCGUGACGGGAUUGAACGUACAAGUCGGUGUUGGCGGUAACAGUGGAGCUGGUGGAGGGUCGGUGUGCAAGAAGGCCAAAAGUAAUACGGCGGCCUGUGCCAUCUCACCGGUGUUGCUCGAGUGUCCCGAACAGGACUGUAGCAAAAAGUACAAGCACGCCAACGGUCUCAAGUACCAUCAGAGUCAUGCACACGCUGGAAGUGCUUCGUCGAUGGACGAAGAUUCCUUGCAGGCUCCAGAAUCUCCUCAACGGAUAGCGCCCUCUCCGACCACCAACACCAAUACACCGGCUGCAACAGCGUCGCCUCUCUCCAUGGUGGUUGGGAGCAAUACAUCACUUGCCACCGCAGCCCCGACUGUUGGUUCGUCAUCAUCCAGUAACAGUGAACUCGUGCUGGCCUUGUCGACGACAACAGGCGGUACAGCUGCCAGCGCUGCUCUAACGGCGUCGUCCAUAUCAGCAACAUCUUCGUCAAUGUCCAGCCCAUCUACUUGCAUUUCAACAAUGUCUAGUCAAUUGUCUCAACAAAAUUUAGCUUCUAAACAACAACAGCAACAGCCCCUUGGAUCCGGCAACACUAACGCAAUCAACUGUAACACCGCAAGCAGUGCUUCAGGUGCAAGUGACAGCAGUACAGCAACCGGCACAGCCAGCAGCAUCGUACAUCAGUCAUCUUCCACCGAUCAAAUUUUAUCAUCGAACGCUCCACCGGCAUCCUCUGGUGGUAGUGACCAGCAGGACAUCAGCCACAGUACCGGCAGUGGCACAGAUGGAUCGCCGGAUGGAAUACCAGCUUCAUUAAACGUAAACAAAACCUCUCACAGUUACGCAAAACAGAAAAAGAGUCGCAAAUCGCCUGGGCCAGCUACCAACUCCGAGUUUGACUCCAUCGCUUCAUCGACGGGUAAUCGUACAGAUGAUGUUCAGAGUCCGGCGUACAGUGAUAUUAGCGAUGAUUCUACUCCUGUAACCGAUGCUACCGAUUUGCCGAUGGGAGCAGGAGAAAAAUCCAAAGGUCCUCACCUACCGGAAGUUACUCGAAAAUCAAACGAUCCUCCGGUUGAACCGGUCAGCAAUAUUGUCAACAGCAAUCCCAACCCUGGUGGCCCACUAGGAGGAUUGUCUGGUUACGGUCUUUAUCCAUAUUACGCCGGUUUGCCCCAUCAACAACCACCACCUCCGCCACCCCCAGCUGGUCCAUAUUUUCCCUCGGCAGCGGAUCUUGGGUCAAAUAAGCCUCCUCCACCCCCACCGAUGGGUUCAGUCCCAAUACCUCACGGUGUACCGCCCGGCAUUACGCCUUCCAAUGUGACCGCCGCUCCAGGCCCACUUGAGUAUGGCAAAAGCAAGGAACCUCCGCUGGAUCUUAUAAACAAACCGAGCAGUGCGGUGCAGCAGCAACAUUCGUUACACCAAGUUGCUCCCUCGUCGUUGCCACCUCCACCUUCGUUGGCAUCCAGUGGCCAGCCUCCGGGACCGGAAGCCCUCCGAGCAGGAGCAGGCAUUAUGAUGAACAAUUCCGGUGCUGGAGUACUACCACCACAUCCCGGUGCGGGUGACGUAAAAGACGGCUCCAUCUUGAACGCAGGUCCUCCACCACCGCCCCCUGGUGGAAAGGUUUUGCCCCAUUACUAUCCAUACGGUUAUGUACCACCGGGCUAUAACUAUCCUGGCCUCGAUCCUGGCUAUGGGCAGCUGUCUGUCAUAUCCGAAGAAGCGAAGCACAGCCCGCUGGUGGCGGUAAAAGAGGAACGAAUGAAAGAGAGCCAAAGUCCCAGCGAGUAUAGUAAACUUGGUGCAUCACCGCUGAUGGCCGCAAAACUGAUAAAAUCGGAAUCUACGAAAGAUAUAAAGACUGAACCAGGCCUAAGUGGAAGCGGUGGCGCAUCGCUGCACGGAUCCGGAUUGCAUUCUAAGGAUCCUCAACAAUCUGCCCCGAAUCAACAACCUCCCACUCUGCCGCCUCAAUCUCUUGGCCCGUAUGGUUCCAUGUUUCGGCAUGGGCUGGGUGUUGGCCCACCGCCGGGAGGGCCGCCGCCACCACCACCGUCCCACAUGUCGGCGUCACGAGAAGACGAUCUUCGAAGAAUGUUUAGCUAUUCUGAUCAACGACGUGGUGGAAAUCAGCCACCACCGGGCCACCCGGGAGGUCCACCAGGACUUCCGCCCGGUCUCAAUCCAAAAGACGAACCGCAUUCUCCUGUAUCUCACGGGCCACCACCACAGCAGCAAUCCGGAUUGCAUGGACAAUCCGUUUCAAGCCAAGGUUCAGGGAAGAGCUCGAAAUCGUCGUCAGGACAAUCCGGCUCAUCGUCUGCUUCUGGUGGAGGCAGUGGCAAAGCAAUGGGCAAAGGAUCCGAUAGCGGAAGCGGGAGCAUAAAGCAGGAAGAGAAGGAAAGCGCGCUUAAAAUCAAACAACAGCAGGAAGGGCAGAAACCAACAAUGGAAACGCAAGGCCCACCGCCACCGCCAACGUCCCAGUACUAUUCACCUUCACUGUACAUGAGCGCCUCACCGUUUGGGUUUGAUCCCAACCAUCAAAUGUACCGCCAGAUGCUGGUGUCGGCUUCGCCGUACAAUGCGCCUCCGUAUCACUUACAAAUACCACGGUUUAAUCACCCGCCCGAAGAUUUGUCACGGAAUCAAAGUACAAAGGCACUCGAUCUGCUACAGCACCAUGCCAGUCAGUACUACAAUUCGCACAAGAUACACGAGCUUAGCGAGCGCGCACUGAAAAGCCCAACCAGCAACAGCGUCAAAGUAAGCGUAUCAAGUCCCAAUAUCUCGCAGCAACCCGGUUGCCAAAAUCCUAAUAUAUGCAUUCCUCCACCAAACAGUAGUAGCGCAGGAUUGUCUUUACAGCAACAACAGCAACAGUCAGUUGCUGCUGCGCAACAGCAAUCGUCUAAUUCUAGUGGUGGUGGUGGGCCACCUCCGUUGCAACAAUCGUCUCAGUCUCCUGCAUCUGGAAAUCACAUGCAAGUAUCAUCAGUCAAUAGCAACAGUGUAAGCGGGAGUAGUGGUAGUGUUAGUAGCAGUGGAGCUAAUGGUGGCCCGGGUGCAAAUAAUAGUAGUAGCAGCGGUAGUUCCAGUGGCGGACCAGGAGGUAUCGAAGGUCAAGGUAAAGAUCAUGGUGGUAACAACGGUUCCGGCGGUCCACAACAGCAAUCUUCCUCGGGUGGUGGUUCCAAUCUUGGAGGUAGCAGCGCAGCAAGAAGUCCACCUCCGCAGCGCCAUGUGCACACCCAUCAUCAUACACAUGUUGGGCUGGGAUAUCCGAUGUUUCAAGCACCAUAUGGAGCCGUACUAGCAAAUCCUCAAGCUGCUGCUGUUACUGUUCUAAGUCCUUUCCAGACAGGACCGCCAACCAAGUGAAACUAGGAAGCUUAUCAUCCCGCACAAUAAACCUGUCGGGAUGUGCAGCAGCGCGUGU